UGAGAAGGGAGACGCGGGAGAUAAACAUGGAGGUCGUGGUAUUAAAGAUCGAAGAUCCAAGUUGCUUUUGGAUUGCGGUGAAAGAAUGCGCGCCAGGUAUAGUCAAUGAAAGAGCAUAUGAAAACCUCAACACUGAAAUGAACCAGUUCUAUGACAAUUAUAAAGACUCAGAUGAAAUAAAACCAGAGSAGAUAGAAAAAGGCCAGGUUUAUGUGGUUUUCAGUGAGGAACUCAGGUGCUGGUGUAGGGCUCUUGUGCAGUCAGUUCGGUGCUGUGGAGAUGGUUACCAGCUUGGAUGUUUYCUUGUGGAUCAUGCCAAAUACUAUUCUGUUGCAUCAGAGAACAUUCGAGUUUUAGCAAAAGCAUUUGCUAAGAUCCCGGAUAGAGCAAAGAAGUGUUGCCUGUACUGCACAAAGCCACUGACAUUGCACAUCGACUUCUGUGAAAACACUGCCAAAAUAGGACCAGCCAAAAGAUGGGAUACUGCUGCCRUCCAGCAUUUUAGAAAACUUGUUGAAGACGCUACCGAGGUUAAAGCCACAAUACAGGUAGUAAAGGAUAAAGUGUUAGAGGUGUUCCUUUUUGUGACUGUGAGAGAUGAAAAGAUCUGUGUUAAUGAUGAUCUGGUUGCAAAGCACUUUGCUCAUUAUAAAGAAGCUGAAGKCAGUGCAGGGAGUUCUCCAGAUGAUUUUGAUGAUGAUGUGUCACUAAAUGCUGAGUGUGUUCCAGUGGAGUUCGUUGGUCCCACAUUUGUUGCCAGGCCGAAACUGCCAUUUGGGGAGAAAGUGUCACCACAUCCUGAGCCAGGUCUUGCUGGUUUUAAUUCUGUUGUUGAGAAGAAAUCCCAGAGUUCUAGCCCAGUUCUAAAUGACAAUACUUUGCCWGAGGUCAACACAGUGCCACGUUUGCCUUUGAUGGAAGAUAAAGCAGUUCAAACAGACAGGCUUCCACAGUUCUUAAAUUCCAAUUCCCUUCAGUCACACAUGGUUGAAGUUGACCAGCAGAGUUUUCAAAAUCUUGGGRAAGAAAAAAACUUUGUGUUCCUUAGCAAGAAAAUUGAGCCAUCGUCUGUUUUGGAGACAGCACCACUUUUUGAUGGUGUGAAAAAGGAACUUGCUCGGAACAAGUUUUCAGGCCCCACCUUCACAGAGUCCUACUGCUGGCCACCAGUAACUUCGGGAUAUGAUAUCGUUGCCAUCUCACAUCAGGGAAAUGAUCCCUUAUUAUAUAUUCCACCAGUUCUUACCCUUUUGCAGUUCAAGAGUGCUUCCCAAGCCUUACCAAACACAAACGGACCACUGGCACUCAUUUUAUGUCCUGGAUGGAAGAAGGCACAACUUGUUUUUGACCUACUGAAAAGAUAUGGGAGAUGCUGCAGACACCUUUAUCCAAUGCUGAUAAUCCUUGGGCAGAACAAGGAAGCAGCCAGCCAAGUGGAAAUCCGAGGCUGUGAAGUAGUGGUGACUACACCGUACAACCUCCUGAGAYUGCUGGAACAUCACACUUGGUUAUUGUGUAGGCUUUGUCAUCUUGUUCUUGAUGAGAUCGAGGUGCUGUUCUCUGACACUACUGAACAGGUGUUUACUGUACUAGACUGUUACAAGAAAGCUGCUGCUCAACCACAGGGAAAGCCACAUCAGAUCAUUGCUGUGGGAACUCAGUGGAAUAAACACAUCACACCCUUGAUGAAGGAGUUCAUGAGGGAUCCUUAUGUUGUGAUAACAGUUGUUGAAGAAGCUGCCAUCUUUGGAAACGUGCAACAGGUGGUGCAGCCUUGCAGUAAUAAAACUGCUGAGUUACUCAAAAUACUGGAUUUUACCCAGAGGAAUCUUCAGAAGGUGCUGGUAUUUGCUGACUCAGUACCUGAAGUAGAUAUGAUUCAUAAGGUAUUGAAAAGCAACUCAGUAGUUUCCUUGAAAAAACAUAAGGAGAGCAAGUGUAAUGCCAAGUGUGUCUUGGAUCAGUGGAAAAGAAUGCACAAUUCUGGCACUCCUGCUGUGUUAGUUUUAACAGAUGACUGCCUGCCGUCUUUGGGAAUCACGGAUGCAACUUGUGUGAUCCAUUUCAGUUUUCCAUCUCCAGAAGUCUUGGGGCAGCGCCUGCAAAGCACAGCUGACAGCUUCUGCAGUGUGAUGAAGGAUUCUUCUGUAGAUCAGGAACAUACAAAGGCCAAGUCAAUCAUCUUGCUGACAGUGAGCAGUUCCUGUCAUGCACCUGGGGUUCUCCGCUAUCUAAAGCAUGCAGAAGCUGAAAUUCCAGAAGAACUCUAUGAUUUGACUGCCAAGAUGCUGGAAUCUGAACAAGAUGAGAAAUUGUCAAGGCCCCUGUGUACUUCUCUUAAAACAUUUGGGAUUUGCAGGAAUAGAACAUGGUGUCCAGAUCGUCAUCAAAUUAAUUCAUCAAUAGACAUGGCCCAGAACAUUGCAGAUGAAAUGAUAGAAACACCUGAACGUGUGACAAUCCUGCCUCUCCUCAUUGUACAUGCAACAAACUACUUUGGUCGAAUAGUCAAGAAACAAAAGGACCAAUACACAGCUCUUGCCAAAGAAAUGAGUGAUUAUUUCAAGAUACCAGGACGUAGGAUUCCUGUUAACGCCGUGGAGAAGUCAGUGUUUUAUGGGUUAUGGGAGGGAGCCAUUUGCCACAGGGUUCAGGUGGUAGAGACUCCAGCAAAAGAGGAAGAAAAUAUCUGUAAGGUCACAGUUAAAUACAUAGAYGAAGGCAGAACAAGUCAAGUUAAUAGUGAUCAGCUGCUUCACUUACCUGUAAGGUUUCAGAGUCUGCCACCUCAGGCUGUGGAAAUCAUAGUUUGUAGAGUAAAACCCAUAGAUAAUGAAGUCAAAUGGAAUCCAAAGGUGACUGAUCACAUUGAUCACAAAAUUAAAGGAAAAUUACAUCAUGCAAAAGUGGUCCAUACCUUGGGAAAGACAGUUUGGGUUGACCCAAUGGUUGGGGUUACCAGCCUUCCUGGUAUGAAGUUGUGGAUCAAUGAGUACAAUAUUCGGUCUGAGAUUUUAUCAACGGGGUUGGGAACUGACAAUCCAGAACAUGUAGCAGAAAUCCAGAAGCUGUGCAGACAAAUGCCCAUUUUGGAUCAUGCAGAGAACAUGGAGCGUUUAUCCACUAAGCCUGAGACUACUGUUGAAGAAUGCAGAACUUCAGCACAGGCUUUGUUAGUAAGAAGCACAAAAGAGGACACAGCUGUUCUAGAGGAGGCAUCUGAUCCACAGGAUACACCGAUGCAGGAAAAUUCUGCUGAAAGCUGUAACACUUCUGCAAGUCCUCCAAGUGAUGAUGGAGCUCAAACAGAAGAAGCAGAAGACUAUACUGUGCAUCAGCAGAAAAGCUGUCAUCCACACAUCAAGUGGUUUCAAGAUAAUGYGACUGUUACACUGAAGGUGCAAAUACUGAGGGCAGCUGACAGUAAGUGCAAGUUCUCCAAAGAGAAGGUGGCUUUCAGUGCUUACUCAGAAGGCAAAUUUUAUGUGGCUAACCUGGACCUGUAUCAGUCAAUAAUUGCAGAAAAAUCCAAGUGUGUGACUAAGGAUACAGAGGCUGUGGUUUUACUGGUAAAAGAGAAAAAAGGAAUGUGGUGCAAAUURCUGAAGAACAAGAAUGUUCACGUGUCCUUAGAUUUUGAACAUUGGGAAGAGUCUGAAGAUGAAAGGCCUUUUACAGUUGGUCCUCCAAAACUGACUUGCCCUCCUGCAGGAUCCGAGGACUGGGUUGAGUCCUCAGAAGAAAGUGAUACAGACAGUGAUGARUAAUUAGGAGGAGAAAUUCCUUGCUUCUCAGAUAAGAAUGGUAUUAUUGCUAAUUGUUAAUUAAACAGUUGAUACAAUUUGUUGAUUUGAUAGUUGGUGUAAU